AUGGCUUUCGAAGAUAACGAUUCCGAUGAAUAUUUGUGGAGUGAACGUCCUCGGCGUCUUGAACAUCGUUUCUUGGUUUUAAGAAAACUUGGUCAAGGCACUUACGGUAAAGUUCAACUGGCUUUGAAUAAGGAAACAAAUCAAGAGGUUGCAAUAAAAACGAUAAAAAAAGCUAAAAUUGAAAAUGAUGAAGACAUGCUACGAAUUCGACGGGAAAUUCAUAUAAUGACAUCCAUUCGCCAUCCUCAUAUCAUACAUAUUUAUGAAGUUUUCGAAACAAAACAAAAAAUUGUACUUGUGAUGCAAUACGCUAGUGGAGGUGAAUUAUACGAUUAUUUAGGUUGUCACGAAAAACUACCCGAAGAUGAAGCAAGAAGAGUCUUUCGACAGAUAAGUUCCGCCAUAUACUACUGCCAUAAGAAUCAGAUAUGUCACCGAGAUUUGAAGUUAGAAAAUAUACUUUUGGAUCAAGAGGGAAAUGCUCAGAUCGCUGAUUUCGGCUUAUCAAAUAUUUUUGAUGAAAAUCGAAGAAUGAGUACCUUUUGUGGAAGUGCACUUUAUGCUUCGCCAGAAAUUGUCAAAGGAAUGCCGUAUAAAGGCCCAGAGGUAGAUUGCUGGAGUUUAGGAGUCCUUCUCUACACCCUGAUCUACGGCAGAAUGCCUUUCGAUGGAAGAAACUUUAAAGAACUAGUCUCUCAGAUUUCUGAAGGAAGAUAUGAAGAGCCCGUGCAAAAGUCUGAUGCGAGCAAUUUGAUCCGACGACUGCUCACGCCCGAAAUCUCUCUCAGAUCAACGAUAUUGGAUGUAUGCAAGGACGAUUGGGUAAAUAAAGGCUACGAUGUUUCUCUUCUUGAAGCUGCAGAAAGUAUGUGUUCAGCAAGAAAUUUUCAAAAGGAGCAUUUAUUGCCUACGAAGCUGUGCCAAGAAAUAAACGCUAAAAUUGAUUGUGAUAGAACAGUCAUUAAGAAAAGUACCCCACAAAUGAAACAACAAAAAACCAUUCCGCUAAAAAAUUGCACCCCUUUGGGAAAUCCCUCUGAAAACGGCACGAGUGAUGCUAAAAAUUUACAUUUACCAGCAUUGUACGAUCAGAUUCUAAACUAUGAUGUUCGUUUCGUGGUUAAUAAACUUAUUUCAGCUGUUGAAAUACUUAUUAUUACUAGUAUAGUGCCCACAGUAAAAGAAAGCAUAAAAAACGACACAAAACAAAAAAUCUCUUUACCGAAUGGUGUGGUACAACCUAGAGACUUAAAGAAAAUCGACACUGCAAAGAAUCAAAUAAGACAAGAAAAAAAACAUGUUUUUCACGGACCAUCUUUGAGAGAUGAAAUGAAGAAUGCAAUAUUCGGUCAUGAAGUACCCAAACAGUUGACAGAAACUACAGUCCUACAAAGUGAGGCGACUAAUUUCGAAUCCAUACAGGAGCAUAAGGAAAUUUGUGAAAAAGAAAUACGAAACAAUAUAAAACUCAUGUACUCUUCAAGCAAUUCUAAAGAUGAUUUUAAUGCAAAAGAGGAAACAAAUUUCAUUCAACUUCAUGAACUUGACGUCCCAGUUAGUCGCAAACCAUCUCCAAAACCGAAACGGCGGUAUGACAAUCAUUCACACGGCCAAAAGAAUAUAAGUCCUUUUGUUAGGACAAAAAAUCACGUUCUUACGUUAGCACGCAUAUUAUCUUCCAAUUACGAGCAAAUAGUAAUGAAUUCUUUCAAAAAGCCUGAAAAGAAAAGAAAACUUCCUGGAAAAGUCACCAUUCCUGCUAACUUUGACUCAAAUGCAUCUCGAGAAUCGGUUGCUAUAGAAAGAGAGAAAAUUGUUCUUUUCCCUACUGUAAGCGUGUCAGAAAACAGGGAAAAGAUUGAAAGAAAAAUUGAAAAGAUAAAGAAAGCCGCUUUGAAUAUGCAACUAAAAUGGCAAUAUAAUCCAAAGAAUCGGUUAAAAAUUGAGAAAUAUUUGAGAUCACAAGCAAAAAAGAUGCAGGAUUUAGUAUGUGAUGAGCAAAGGUAUUUGAGACUUAGCAGAAACAACGUCAAACUUCACGCUUCAUUCACAAGUUUUUCAGAUAUAUGUUGCUGCUUUGUUGCCAAAACGAUGAACAAUUUCAUAACAGACGACCACAAUGUAAGCGAGUUCUGUCAAAGACCAGAGGAGCAAGCUGAGGAAUCUGAAGUUGCCGCAUUCAAUAAGAUAAAAUCAAGUGCAAAAACUGGUUUCAAUUUAAGAGACAUUCAAAACAUACCGCCAAAUAAAUUUAAAAAGUGUCAGCACGGCUAUUCUAGAACAAUACCUUCUGCAUAUUUGGAGUUAGGAAAUUUGCUAAGAUCGAAGUCGGAAAUCAAAUUAUCUGGAGACUUUUUAAAACAUGUUUCUUUCCAUAAUGAUGACUUAAAUUCUAAAAAGCAAUUUCUCGACUUAAAAAGCUAUAAUUUUGACUCUGAGAAGGCAAAGAAUUCAACUGAUACGUAUGCGGAUUUUGCAAACGUGAAAUCAAUGAUGCUACAGAGAUCAGUCAGUGAUUCGGUGAUAGUACGGAUUCAUAAAGCUUUUGCAAUUAAUAAUGUUGUCGAUAAUCAGUCUAGUACAUACCAUAAUGAAUCAAAAUUUCAAAAACUCUUUAAGCAAAAUUGUACACUGUUACAAAAUCAUGUUAGUGAAAAAUCACGAUUGCGUAACGAAAAGUCACGUAACAUUCAAUCAUUCAAUUUGCCAGAUAAUGCUCAAUUAUUCGAUACAAAACAAGAAACAGAAAUUAAAAAUUUAAACCAAUGCGAAACUCCGAAGAAACCUUCAAUACUUCGAGCUAGAAGUACGAGCAUUAUAGCCGACUGCGGAGAGAAAUUUUGCUAUGAUUUGAAGCAUUAUAUCAACCAUUUAGCAACGACACCUUUAGUUAAUUUCAAGGAAAAUAAUGGUAUGAAAUCGCUUUUUGAAAACACUCGUGCUGAUGAUAUAAAUGUUUCAUUAUCGUCAUUAACUCGUAACCAAACUCAUGAGAAAAGCUCUGAAAAUGGUGUUCAAAGAAGAAAUACCUUGUGCGGUGCUAUGCCAAAUAAUGAUCCACACUUGGAUGACUACCACUUAGGAAAUGAGGAUUUAGAAAGUUUUCUCUGGAAUUUUUACAAGGAACAGAACAGUCUGCUUUCAAAGGAACAAAAUGGUGCACAGUUUUCAAGUUCUCCAAACCUAAAUCCUUCUCCAAAAGAGAGUCUAAGGAAUGAAGAUAGCAAAAGUAUGAAUAACCUUCCCUCGGAAAUCAAUAUGCUUGAAAAAUAUUCAAUUCGUAAUUUUGAAAGUCGAUUAGCAUCUUCAACACAAACAUUGGAUGACAUUUACUCAUCCAACUUCGGAAAAGAAUUAAAUUUUCUGAGACAGAAUACCGUUAAUAAUGACUUGUCUGGAAAUUUGAACCAUACAAAAUCAAUGAGUGACGGAGUUCUAACAGAAGAAGAAAGAAACGAAAUCUUGCGAAAAUUUUUUACUGAAAAUGAAACAUCACACAUACACCUUUUGGAUCCUUGUAACAAUAAAACAGCAUCAUACUUUUCUGUGAUGUUAACUGAUUUAGAAAAAAAAGAGCAGCUUCAUCGAACAAAAGGUAAUAACAAGUCGCGACGAUAUUCAAGAAGGGUACCCAAUCUCGAAAAAAGAAGGAAGUCAGAUCACAAUGGAAAAUCUUUUCUGCAACUUUUAUCUUUAAAAAGGAUAGAAGAAGCAGAAAAAGAGCUUGAAAGAUCACAAAAAGCGAUUGUAGAUGAAAUUGAAGAAAAUCCCGGCUCACUUCUUGAAGCUUUGAAAACUUAUGGUUAUAAAAAUGUAAUUUCCCAAAGAUUUCAGGGCUCUGAACUGGAUUCAGAAGAUGCGUACAGCAUGAAGUACCCUUACUGGCUUAGUGCAAAAAAUCUCAAAGCUGAUAUUCCACACUUGCAGUACAGAUAUUAUGAUGCUUCUUACCCUCAGAGUGAUACGAACUGUCUAGAAUAUGAAGAUUUUAACUCAGCAGACAACAUUUCUUUCAGCAGUACACCGAUAUUUAACGAAAAUCCGCAUUCUUUUCAUAGUGGAGUGCUGCCGAACAUUCACAAUAAUAAAUUUACACCAAGAAGCGGAAAAGCCACAAAUUCUUAUGAAUUUCAUUAUAAUUUCAACGGAGGAGCAAUGUCAAGUCCAUACGAUUUCCAAUAUGAUUUUGAUGAAGGCACAUCACCAUAUUUUUACAAAACGGAACCUAGUUCUAAGCAAAAAGAAAACAAACAGACAUUUUAUGACUGGUUAUCGGCCAAUUUUGAUGAAUAUCAAAGUCCAAAAAAACUUAACCCUUCGGUAUUUAACCCAGAAGAAAAUAUAUACAGUGCUGAUAUUUCCAAAUCAUGUUCUUCUAUGAAGACAGAGAGGACAAGGUCUUUCGAAGAUGAACCUUUACCAGAUUUUUCAAAUAGAAACGAAAAUAUGUUUGCAAAUAACUUCGAAAAUUACGAAACUGAAAAAAAUAGAACUCUUGCAUCAGAUUACUCCGAGUAUAAAAAAGCUUGCACUGUUGAUAAAUGUCGUUUGACUUCGGCCAUUUCAAUUGAUGACGAUGAAAGAGAGGAGUCGGUGCAAGAUCGAAUUUGGAGGAAAAGCUUCUACUCGCGGUUUAAUAAUUCAGCAUUGUCAAGAAAGGAAAAGACAAAUUUCUUAGAAUCGGACUUUUCUUCAGAAAGUAGAGCCAACCAUUCGUACAUUUCUCCGAAGUUAAAAAAUUGCGAAAAAAAUGGAUUUCUUAAUAGCUAUGACCUUAGCAAAGCUACUCAAAUUAAACGAACUCCUUCUACAAAGAAGUACAGUUCGUCGAUUGACAAACUAAACAAUUCAAAAGGUAAAUAUUCAAAAUCUUUAUUCAAAGACGAAGCAGAGUUGAGCGCAGUAAAUAGUCCAUUCACGAAAAUAAAAAAUAAUAUUGCAAGAGAAGAAGAUUCUGAACCAGAACAUUAAAAGAAUUCCAUAUCUGAAUUUAAUUGCUUUUAGUUUAUUGAUUUCAAUACUUGAAGCUGCUGCAUUGGAGUCUGAAAGUUUAUAUAGAAUAUAAGUUUCAAGUUAUGUAUGAA